UUUAUCUCUCUUGCGGUUUUGCAUAUUAUCUUGCAUCCUCCAGAUUCAUCAGGAUGUGAACUCUCCAUGCCCAAUAUCUUAGAAGAGAUGGGCGAAUUGAAAUAUCUGUAUUUGCCGAGGAGUAUACAUGAUAUGGUGAAGAUGGCUUUGGGUAACUUAGUUAAACUGGAGACUUUGAAGAAUUUCUCCACAAAGCAUAGCAGUGUGACGGAUCUCCAAGGUAUGACACGGCUCAGAGUCCUCUCUAUCAAUUCUAUCGAAGGCCAAGGGUGUAAUAUGGAUACUCUAUCUUCAUCACUAAGUGAACUGAGACACCUUGAAAAUCUUACUAUAAGCGAUAAAACCUUGUUGGCAAGUGGGCUUGUUCUGAAUUACAUGAAUCUCAAACAGCUAACAUUGAAAAUACAUAUGCCGAAGUUACCUGAUGAGCAACACUUGUCUUCUAAUCUUACAACCAUAUAUCUAGAGAAAUGUCGUUUGGAAGAGGAUCCGUUGCCAAUUCUAGACAAGUUACCCCAAUUGAAAGAGGUUCGUUUAUGGAGGAAUAGUUUUUGUGGGAAGAGAAUGGUUUGCUCGCGCGGUGGGUUUCCUCAGUUGCAGAAAUUAUUAUUCUUUAAGUUAAAGAAGUGGGAAGAGUGGAUAGUAGAAGAAGGCUCCAUGCCCCUUCUCCAAAAUUUGGAGAUUUGUUACUGUUUAAAGUUAAAAGAGCUUCCUACUCCGAUUCGUGACUUCCUACUACGAUAGAAGAAGGAUCUGACUUUUCAUAACAUGGGAGAGGAAUGGAAGGAGAGAUUGUCGGAAGGAGGAGAAGAUUAUUACAAAGUACAACACAUCUCUUCUCUUACAUUCAGAUGAAGCGAUUAUAGUAGGAAAGAAGGGGAAAUAAAUCCCUGUUUGUGUUCAAACAUGGAUUUAAAAAAAGAAUUUCCAUGGUUUUUAUGAUAUUUUUCUAGCGACAAGUAAUGUUAUGCUGAAUUUUGAUUGAUUUUCUGUUUCAAUCUUAUGGUUGCUGGUUUUUCUAAUCUAUUUUAUAUUAUAUAAUGAAAAAGUUUUCAUUCUAUUUAGAGUGUCCACAUUGAAAAAAAAUUAAUGACUCAAUUAAUUUACAUAUUUU